AGUCCGCACAAAACAACCCGAUAAACGCAUCACGUUACAGUUUACUGAUUUUUUCUGGUGUUAUUUGGUUAACUUAAUUAUAUUGUUCAUUAUGUGCAUGUGAUUCGUUAUUGAAAAUAACUUGAAGUUGUUCCGAAGAACUAAAAAUAGUUAUAAUCUUUUCGAUAUCUACACAGAGAUGACCCAAUAUUGAAAGCAGUUCAUUCUUCCUGAGGUGUUUUAUAAAUUUAUACAAUAAAUACUUUACGAUUUGGCUAUCCUCGUCCUCACCAUAUGUAAAGUACAAAAAUAAAGUUUCAGGUAAGUGACCCCCUUGAUAUCUACCAAAAUAUAGUCCUUUAAAAUAAGUUGUAGGUAAAAGAGAAUUUAAAAUUCCGUUUCAAGAACUCUUAUAAUUUUUACUAGAGUACUGAAGUUAUUCUAAAUGGCUUGAAACCGAAACAUUUAAAGUUCAUAUUAUAUAGAGUCAAAAACCUUCCUAAUCAAUUAGAAAGCAGUUUGAAGAUAUGUCACCAAAAGGCGCCUGCGCCAUUUGCCUAUCCCCUGCCGAGCAAAAAUGCUCCGGGUGCCAGGCCGUACACUACUGCACUAAAGAACAUCAGAAGCAGCAUUGGAAACUACAUAAGAAUGAAUGUAGCCCCGCUAGGGUUAAAGAGGAUCCGAAAGUAGGGAGAUAUCUGGAGGCAACGAGAGAUAUACGAGCGGGUGACAUCAUUCUGAAAGAAGCACCUUUGAUCACUGGACCAUCUCAGAUAACGCCACCAGUAUGCUUGGGUUGCUAUGAGUUGCUGAAGGAAGAGAAGAUAGUGAUCUGUGAGAAGUGUGGUUGGCCGUUCUGUUCCAAAGAAUGCACUAACAAGGAUGUGCACCAACCUGAAUGCUUUUACACACAACAAACGGGCGAGAAGGUCUCUAUAUCAACUUUUGGCACGCCCCACCCCAGCUACCAGUGUAUAACAAUUAUGCGAUGCUUGUAUCAGCGUGAUCAUAACCAGAAACUUUGGCAGAAACUUCAAACACUACAGUCUCAUUGUGAUGAACGCAAAGGGACAGACAAAUGGAAUCACGAUAGGAAAAUGGUUGCUGAAUUCAUUUGGAAAUUCUUCAAACUAGAUGGAACUUUUAAUGAAGACGAAAUAAUGAAGUGCUGUGGAAUAUUACAGAUUAAUGGGCAUGAGGUACCUCUUUUGGAGCCAGAUUAUUUGGCUGUUUUCGAUCGCAUAUCAAUGGCUGAACACAAUUGCAGAGCCAACUGUAAUAAGAGUUUCACUUCUGACGGUGAAAUUAUCUUGAGUGCCGGUGUGAAUAUCAAAAGUGGUUCACACAUAUCAAUCUGUUAUUCGGAUCCGCUGUGGGGCACAGAAGCUCGCCGUCAUCAUCUCGCCGACUCAAAAUUCUUUGAAUGCUGUUGCGAGAGGUGCUCUGACGUCACCGAGUUCGGUACUAUGUACAGCGCUGUUAAAUGCAAGAAAAAAGACUGUAAGGGUUAUCUUCUGCCCGAAACAUUCAUCCUGCCAAUCCUACACAAAACAACAAGCCCAGAUCCGCAGACCAGAAAUCUAGACAAUAAGAUGUGGAUAUGCAGUAGCUGCAAGGACGCAGUAUCUGACGCCAUCAUACAGCAACUGCUCCAAGACAUCGGGACAGAGCUUAGCGUUAUGCCCAGAGGAGACCCAGACGCCUGUGAGAGAUUCAUCAAUCACUGCAGUAGUUACCUUCAUCCUAACCACCACUACAUGACAGAUGUGGGCCUGGCACUAGCACAAAUGAUCGGUCAGGAGCACGAAUUAGGAUUGGCAGGCGUGACAGAUGAACGACUUAUUCUCAAAACGCAACUGUGCAAGAAGAUCGCUAACUUACUGGAGACACUAUCGCCAGCGGAAUGCCGAGUACGUGGAUCAGUUCUGUUUGAACUUCACGCCGCAUUUGCUGAAACUGGUAGAAGGCAGUCCCUCACUGAAGGGCCUAUGGUCAUGCUAGGAUACAUAACAGAGUCACGGAAGAUCCUUAUAGAGUCUGCUAGCCUAUUGCGGCACGAACCAGCUGAGCUUCCCGAGGGUCGCCUGGCUCGGCAGGCGAAAGUCAACCUGAUGCAAAUGGAAGAACUCAUCAAAAACUUAUCUGCAUCUCUUCCCGCACCGCUGUAGCUCAGACCAAAUAAAAACUUUAUUUCUAGCAAUUUUAGUACUAUGGUUUUAAUCUUGUCUUCUUUUGCAAAGACAAAUAUUUGCAUAUACUUUAUAAUAAACUUAUGAAACAGCUGCUAAGAUUAAAAAAGGUUUUGAGAUAAAGUAAUUUAGGUUUAGUUAUGUAAUAUAGAAAAAACGUCUGCCGUCACAAUUGUUUGUAAGUAGGCAGUAAAUAGGUUUAUGGAUUCUUAAAAUGAACCAUCAUUGUAAGAAAUUAUAUUAUGUUUUUUCAUAUACGUUCACAUUAUUUAUUCUCAAUUUUUUUAAAUUCCGAUUUCCUGUACGGAAAAAAUAAUAUCGUUUUAAAAGCAAUUUAAUGUUUAUGAAAAUUCUAUUGAGAGCAGAGAAUAUAAUAAAGCUGAAGAUUU